AGCAAUGGAAAACCAUUAUGAACCCUCUGGUGCCUUAUCACCAAACCAAUGCGGUUCAAGCCUAGUUCAAGCCAUAGAUGCACCACUUCCUCUAGUAUGGUCCAUUCUUCGCCGUUUCGAUAACCCGCAAGCCUACAAGCAAUUCGUUAAGAGCUGCACGUUGAGUGCUGGUGACGGUGGGAUAGGGAGCGUACGACAAGUGAUGGUUGUGUCGGGGAUGCCGGCUGCCACGAGCAUGGAGAGGCUAGAUCGGCUCGAUGACGGCACACAUGUUAUGAUGGUUAGCAUCAUCGGUGGUGACCAUAAGCUUGUCAAUUACCGUUCCACCACUAGUCUGCAUGAAAGUGGAAGUGAAGGCGGUGGGAAAACGGUGGUGGUAGAGUCGUACGUGGUGGAUGUCCCGGCGGGGAAUAGCAAAGAAGAUACACGAUCUUUUGCAGAUAUGAUAGUGGGAUGCAAUCUUAGGUCAUUAGCUAGGGUAACGGAAAAGUUAGCCAAUAGCUAGGGAAUUAAAUCAGAUGUUAAACAAUACAAUUUCAAAUUUAUGCCAUAUUUUCUUAGUCAUAGGAGACAAUAAUUUUCUUCCCAAUU